AUGGAUUGUCUCAAUCUUAGGAGCUCUUUCCGUAUUCUGCUCUCGAUACAGUUGCUGCUAUCAUUGUUCAACACCUUGGUUGUAGCGGACUUAGCCUCGGAGAAGCAAGCCCUUCUCGACUUCGUCUCUGCAGUAUAUCAUGGAACCAAGCUCAACUGGGACAAAAAUACCUCAAUAUGUUCAUGGCAUGGCGUAAAAUGCUCAGCGGAUCAGUUACAAAUUUUUGAAUUGAGGGUACCAGCUGCUGGUCUUAUUGGCGCAAUUCCUCCAAACACUCUUGGCAAGCUUGAUUCUCUUCAAGUACUGAGCUUGCGGUCUAAUCGAUUGACUGGAAGUCUUCCAUCUGAUGUGGCCUUACUUCCUUCUUUACGUUCCAUAUACCUACAGCACAAUGAACUUUCAGGAGGGUUGCCUUCUUCCUUCAGUCCUAGCCUCAGUGUAAUAGACUUCUCCUACAAUUCCUUCACAGGAGAAGUGCCUGCAAGUUUACAAAACCUUACUCAGUUAACUGUCCUUAAUUUGCAAGAUAAUUCUUUCUCUGGAUCCAUCCCUGAUCUCAAGCUUCACAGUCUGAAACUACUAAAUCUGAGCAACAAUGAACUGAAAGGCUCAAUUCCUCGUUUCGCUCCAGAUAUUUCCAAAGGGUUCAUUUUCAGGGAAUCCUGGACUGUCUUUGCUGUUGGUGGGUUUGCAUUGCUGAUGCUAAUUGUGGUUGUGUUGGUCAUGUGCUCUUCAAAGAGGAAAGGCAAGGACGAGAUUGAUGUUGAAUCCAAAGGUAAGGGUACUGCCACCAGGAGUGAGAAGCCGAAGCAAGAAUUCAGUAGUGGUGUCCAAAUUGCUGAGAAGAAUAAGUUAGUGUUCUUGGAGGGUUGCACCUAUAGCUUUGACUUGGAGGAUCUACUGAGAGCUUCUGCAGAAGUCCUUGGCAAGGGUAGUUAUGGAACUGCUUACAAAGCUAUACUCGAAGAUGGUACUGUUGUGGUAGUCAAGAGAUUAAAAGAUGUUGUGGCAGGGAAAAGAGAGUUUGAGCAGCAGAUGGAGCUCAUCGGGAGGUUAGGCAAACAUGCAAACCUAGUCCCGCUACGUGCCUACUACUAUUCCAAAGAUGAGAAGCUUAUUGUCUAUGAUUAUAUUGACACUGAAAGUGUUUCGGCCAUGUUGCAUGGUAUCAGGGGUGUUACUGAGAAGACACCAUUAGACUGGAACUCCAGAGUGAAGAUCAUCCUUGGGACAGCAUAUGGAAUUGCGCAUAUACACACAGAAGGGGGCGCGAAGCUCACCCAUGGCAACAUCAAGUCAACUAAUGUACUCGUAGACCAAGAUCACAAUCCUUCUGUUUCGGACUAUGGCCUCAGUGCUCUGAUGACUGUGCCGGUCAACGCAUCUCGCGUUGUGGUCGGUUACCGUGCUCCAGAGACAGUUGAGAACCGCAAGAUCACCCAGAAGUCCGACAUCUACAGCUUCGGCGUCCUCCUCAUGGAGAUGCUCACAGGAAAGGCCCCACUCCAGACCCAGGGGAACGACGACGUCGUCGACCUGCCGAGAUGGGUGCACUCGGUGGUCCGGGAGGAGUGGACGGCCGAGGUGUUUGACGUGGAGCUGAUGAAGCACCAGAACAUCGAGGAGGAGCUGGUACAGAUGCUGCAGAUAGCCAUGGUGUGCACGGCAAAGUCGCCAGACCAGCGCCCGGCAAUGGAGGAGGUGAUCAGGAUGAUCGAGGGGCUCCGCCAGUCCACCUCGGAGAGCCGAGCGUCGUCUGAUGAGAAAUCCAAGGAGUCGAACCCUCCAUCAGUGUAA